AUGUCAUCCUAUUUAGAUUCAUCCAUUUCUUCUCCAAAGAUCUCGAAACUGUCUCUCGUUGGGGGAAUACUCUUUGUCAUGACUUGUUUCACCCUUUCUUUGAUCUAUUCAGUAACAUCCUCUCGAAAACAUUCUUCCAACCUUGUUUCUUCUUCUCCUCCUUCUCAUCAUCAUCCUCACACUUACGAAGAAGCCUCCUCUUACAUCAAUGGGAAUACUCUGAAGACUUUUCAAGAUUCGACAGAAGAUGAUGAAAAUGCAUCACUGCCAUCACUGCCACCACUACUCUUUUAUAGUUCCUAUCAAUGCAACAAGUAUCAAGAAGGCAUUGGUCACUCUGUUCCUGACAUUUAUCCUAAACAUACUCUGUUCGCUCAAUGUUCCUUUCAAAAUUUAUGUUUGAAUCGAAGAGGAGAAUGGAUCUUGUUUUUGGAUAAUGCAACAGCACCCACUCCACAAUGGAUUUCAUCGGUCAAUGAAAAGGUUUGGGUUUAUACACAACCUCGAAUGCACUCCUCUCGAGGUGAUAUGAUCAUUCGAGUGUAUGGAGAAGGACCUGUUCAAUUAGUAUCGACCUUAUCUUCGUUCAAUGAAAUAAGAGAUGAAUUACAAAAUACUCAAGACAAGAAAAUAGUUUUCAAAGUGGCUCAAGAUUUCAAAUACAUUUCAAAACCAACCUUCUUGACACAUCGAUAUGUGGCAGGCAAUGUUGGUCAUUUGUUGAUGGAUGGCAUGACAGAAGCCAUGAUUAAUAUGGUCAUGUUCAAAUUGGAAGAAUUUACAGAGAUGAACAUGGUGUUUUUAGAGGAUCUUCAAGAUGACUUGUAUCACAAAGAAAAUUGGGUGGGUGCUUACAAUUAUGACAAGAAUGUGUCAGACAAGUAUUCGAUUGACUUUUUUGGAUUAAUGACCAGACAACCCAUUUUGCAGAAAUGUUCCACUUUGAAGGGUUGGACCAUUGCUAAAGCACCAUGUCGCAACCAAUCACCACACUUUGAUUCUAUGAAGGACGGUGAUGAACUUCAAGUGUGCUUUAAGAAUGCUAUUGCAGGAAUGUCACGACCUUAUUUACUUUCUGUAAUUGGUGCUGAAGUGAUUAAUGAACCAUUAAGAAAACUUGUUUCAAAAGUGACCAAGAUUAAUUUUGAAUAUGAAGCGUCCAUAAAGGAGGAGAUUGUAGUGGCCAUUCAUAACAAACCAAAACAAGGAAGACAUGGUGAAAUUAUUUGGAAUGUUGAAGAAAUUUAUUCCAUCCUUUCCGAGAAUUUACCAAAAGAAGAAUUUAUUGUGAAAACUUUGAAAAAGAAAGUUCGAGUGAUUAAUCUCCACCUCGAAAAGUUGAAUGCACGAGAACAAGUCCACCUCUUUUCUCAAGUCGAUGUCUAUAUUGUAGAUCAAGGGAGUGCCUCUUACAUGACCAUGUUUUUACCAAGGAAUUCCAUUGUGAUUCAAUCACCAGAUUGUCGCUAUCGAGAGGAUCACUCGAAAUUUUGUUACGAUCGAUUUUCACAAUAUGCUUAUACGUUUUCACAUGUCAAAGUGUAUCCAUUUUUGAGUUUAUUACCUCCCGAAAGCAAGACCAUUGAUUGCAAUCCAAGACCAACGAUUGAGGAAACUAAUUGUGAUCCAAUUCUUCCACCCGAGGUGAUCUAUUCAGCUGUGGUCCGUACUUUGAAAGAAAGAUUUAAGGAUGUCCUUUAUAGAGCUCGAGCUUAA